CUUACGUGAUCAACGUGUCGCCGGAUUAUGCGCGUUUACUUCGCUCGAAUCUGAUUUGUUGUGAUAUUUCUAAAUGUCGGUAAAUACAGUGCGAGAUUCAGAGGUUAUUUCUGUGAGUUACUCCAGGUAAUAAAUCGCGUAAGAGUCAAAUGUGUCAAAUCCGUAACUGGAAUUUUAAUUAGUAAUGAUAAAACAGUUCAUUUUUGGGAAUAUUAAGCCAAUGACAGUGAUUGUUAUGAAUUGUUCAAUAUAAUCGAGUUUAUAAGAUAAGCAGACACUUAUUUGAUGACUGUUUGUUCACUUUUGAGACGUACAAACUCGAGUAUGUCGGUUGAGGGAGGCAACAAGAUGGAAUCUGACAGACACUUUUUUAACAAACCGGAGAAAAGUGUCCAUGAACCUCAGCCUUGCACUUCAAGGGCACUCAAGUUCGGGAUGGACAGAAUCCUAUCCGACGAGAUAGCUCCUAGCAGGGAGUCCUCACUUCUGAGAUUCUCAUCACAAGAAGAACACAGCACCGCUGUCACCGCCAAGUCGACUCCACCGUGCUCCGAGUGUGUGAGCUCACUGCUGAGGUGCUGCCGCCUGGGAGGGGACUCACCGUCCAACUACAUGCGGCCCUUCUACCCCACAGUGCUCCACACCCCCAAGCCCAUUAGGCCUUACACUAACUUGAUACUGGAGAGUGAGGUGGCGGAGAGGAGUCCUCUGGCAGCUAACAACACUGCCAAGAGGAAGCGGUCGUGGUCCCGAGCCGUGUUCUCCAACCUCCAGCGCAAGGGACUGGAGAAACGGUUCCAGAUACAGAAGUACAUCACCAAGCCAGACAGGCGACAGCUGGCCGCUACCCUUGGGCUCACUGACGCUCAGGUGAAAGUCUGGUUCCAAAAUAGAAGAAUGAAGUGGAGGCAUAGCAAAGAAUUGAAGUUUCAUUCUGGCAGUUUCUCAACUUCAGAAUCUCAAGUCGAAUCAUUUCCCUCCAAUUCUUCAUCAUUUUCUACAAGUGUACAUGAACGGAGUAAUUAAAUUAGGUUUUUGUGA